AUGUCAAUGUCCAUGGACCACUGGUUCUUUGAUGUGGAUGAAUGCAGGGAGAAUGCUACAAUCUGCGGCUCAAACGCAACCUGCAGCAACACCGCUGGCAGCUUCACCUGCGAGUGUAAGGAGGGAUUCAUUCCCAGCCCGGGGCUCGAAUGGAAGCUGGGAGUCACCACCUGCAAAGGUGUGACAGAGGGCUUAAAUACAGCAGAAUGUGAGGGUAAAUCAGAGGAGCAGUGCCAGUUGGACUCUGUGGUUAAUCUGCUAGAUAACAGCAGCUCACUGGUGCUUCCACCCACAACAGUGGAAACGCUGCUGAAUGUGACCCUGAAUGUGACCCUGAAUUCUGUGAGGGAGGGUAAUGACAGAGACAAGCUGAGAGAUACCAUGCUGGAGGUCACAGAGAAGCUGGCGUCAGCACUGGUGAAGCCCACACAACACCAGAGCUUUGCCAGCGUCAAUACCACACAAAUAGAGGUGCAAACGUUUGCCAUCGGGCCAGAAACCAACCUGACAGACACACCUCAGCUGAACUCGAGAAACAACAUUUUGGAAAUUGAUCUGCUUGGAAUUGCUAAGAACAACAAUGGAUCUGGAGCAGUGGUCUUCAUAGCAUACGCCAACAUGGAGGAUGUGCUGAAGGCCAGACUUUUCGACACAGAGAACGACACCAUAAAGACCAUGAUAUCCAGUGUGGUCUCUGCCUUUCUCCCAAACACUAAAAUCCCAACAUUGCCCAAUCCAGUCAACUUUACCCUGAGACACCUCACACAGGUGGACCCUAAGGGUAAUCUCACCUGUGUGUACUGGAAUCAGGGCAGGUGGAUCGUGGAUGGCUGUAAAGCCACAGAGACCAAUGCCACUCACACCGUGUGCACCUGCAACCACCUAUCCACCUUCGCCCUCAUCAUGCAGACGGACACACCACCUGAGGAUGACAUCAUCUUGAAGUGGAUCAGCAUGAUUGCAGUGUCAGUGGGGCUGCUGUUUCUGGCCCUGGCCAUCCUGACCUUCAUCCUCUGUCGCUGGAACCCUAAAGUCAGCAACACAGCACGCCUGAACCUCUCCAUCUGCCUCUUCCUGGCCCACCUGCUCUUCCUGCUGGUGCAGAGUUUCCUCUCUCACAUCCAGAAGCACAAGCUGGUGUGUGCAGUGAUCUCGGGCGUGCUGCACUUCCUCUUCCUGUCCAGCUUUGUGUGGAUGUUCCUGGAGGCUCUGCAGCUCUUCCUGUUGGUGCGCAACCUGAGAGAGGUCAGGAUUAUACAGAGGGAAGGAAUUCACUGGGGCUUCCUACUGCUGAUUGGCUACGGCGCCCCCUUCCUGGUGGUGGGUGUGUCUGCAGGAGUGGUUCCCAACGGAUACGGCAGUGACCAAUGCUGGCUGAAGACUAAUGAGGGCCUCAUCUGGAGUUUUCUGGGGCCAGUGUGUUUUCUCCUUGCAGUGAAUGUCAUCCUCUUUAUUACCAUCAUGGGAUACCUGUUUUUUGCUUUGGCUGGCCGGAACAAGGAAAUCUCUCAACUGAAAGACACCAGGAUGUUGGUGUUAAAAGCACUAUUCCAGUUCAUCAUUCUUGGUUGCCCCUGGAUAUUCGGCUUCUUUGUGAAUAACAGCAAGGUGCUGGAGUAUCUCUUCCUGCUUAUAACCUCCCAGCAGGGCACAUUCAUCUUCCUGGUGCACUGCGCCCUCAGAAAAGAGGUUCAGGAACAGUACAGGAAGUGGUGGAAGAACAUCUGUGGUUCCAAGGAUCCCUCUGAGUCCUCCCACUCAUUUACGACAUUCACAACGUCCCAGAUCGCCACAAAGUGA